AUGGCGUACCAAGUACCACCAUUUGACGAUGGCAAGGACAAGUGGACGUCGUACGUCAUUCGCAUCGAGUCCUACUUCGAAGGGAACAACAUCACGGAAGACGCACAGAAGAGAGCGCUUCUUGUCUCGGCUCUCGGAUCACGGUCCAUUGACGUCCUCAGUGGGCGGUGCGCUCCUCGUAAGGUGAACCAGCUCACCUACAAGGAAGCGGUGGAAAUUUUGCAAAGCUUCUAUGAUCCCCAGCCGAACGAAAUUGCAGAGAGCUUCAGAUUUUUCACUCGUGUCCAAAAUGAAGACGAAUCUGCCCAGCAGUUUAUCGUCGAGCUCCGUCGACUUGCCGACAAGUGCAACUUUGGCGACAUGUUGGACCGAAUGCUGCGGGACAAGAUUGUAUGCGGAAUCCGAAGCACAGAGCUACAGAAAGCACUACUUUGUCGUUCAAGAUUGACCUUGAAGGAAGCCGAGAGCAUGGUGCUCGCAUCAGAGGCGGCGGGUCAAGGCAUCAGGCUUAUGAAGAACGUCGACGUGAAGACUGAACCAGAACUACAUAGGCACCGCGAACAGUGGCCCAAAAUCAAGAAGACAGACUUGAAGUUGUCCUGCUACCUGGGACCGCUGCCUAUCGCUGGUAAGCUCACGCUGCCAAUUUCCUACGAGGGCAAGACACUGACUGCCUCCAUGACCGUAGUUCGUCAUUCAGGGCCUUGUUUAUGUGGUCGCGACCUUAUUCGAGCCCUGAACAACCUGGGUGCUCCUGUUCUAAGCCUGAGCAGUGCCAGCAGACGAGAUGACAAAGAGCUGGAAGCAAUUUUGUCCGAGUAUGAAGACGUCUUUGAGCAAGAACUGGGCCUGUUCAAGGUUCCGCCUGUUCACCUCUACGUGAAAGGAGAAGCAGUUCCAAAAUUUUUCAAGGCGAGACCUCUGUCGUAUGCAUUGCGAGACAAGGUUACGGAAGAGCUGGAAAGGCUAGUGAAGUCUGGCGUGCUUUCUCCUGUCGCUCACUCUGAAUGGGCUACGCCAAUUGUGCCGGUGCUGAAGAAAGACGGAUCUGUCAGGAUCUGCGGCGACUACAAGGUCACCGUAAAUGCAGCAUGCGUCACUGAACACUAUCCGCUUCCAGUCAUCGAUGACAUUUUUGCAGCACUGCACAAGGGAGACGUCUAUAGCACCUUAGACUUACGGGACGCCUACAACCAGAUUCCAUUGGAUGACGAGUCAAAGAAGUUGACCACCAUCAGUACCCACAAAGGCUUGUUUUGCUUCAACCGCUUACCUUUUGGGGUGUCGUCCGCACCGGCUAUCUUUCAGCGCACUAUGGAAAAUUUGCUUGGUGGUCUAAGUGGCGUACAAGCAUAUUUAGACGACGUCCUGGUGGCAGAAGGGAAAGCAGACAGCGGAAGCAAUCUCAAAGCUGUGCUCCAGCGCUUCCGUGAAUGUGGCGUAAAAAUACGGAAGGAUAAAUGUUCCUUCAGAAAGACGGAAGUAUCGUAUCUGGGACACAAAAUCACAAGUGACGGACUUCAUCCACUGGAGAAGAACAUGGAAGCUGUGAUGAAAGCACCAAGUCCAAGGAACCAAGUUCCUCCCGUGCAUGGCAACAACGCUUGCUCCAUUAUACGACCUUCUGAAGAAGGAUUGCCGGUGGAAGUGGACUUCAAGUCAGCAACAGGCAUUUGA